CUCCGGCCGCAGCCGCUCUUGCACCUGCGAUCGGAAGAAGCCCCCUCUCGCCCCCAGCAUUCUGGUUCGCCGGAGAGAGCCUGCGCCCGGCUCCUUCAGUCUGGACCCUGGAAAACUAAAAGGAAAGAGGGAACUAGAGAAAUUAUCGGAGGCCCUGACAUUGGAUCCUCCACUUACUACACUGACAAGCCAUCUAGAAGUAUCCUUUUCAAAGAGCUGCUGUGUCCACAAGACUCGAUCCCCUCAGUUCCCAGCACUGGCCCCCCCCAUGGCACUUUGUAUAUCCCAGUGAAACCUGCCAAGCUGGACGCCACAGCUUUGCCCACCGACAUCUUGGCCACCACUGUGCCCCUUCCUGAGACUUGUGACCAUGCGGUCUUAGCCUGCAGCCCGGGCAUUCACGAAGAACACUAUGUAAGUGAAGCCUUAGAAGAUGUGUCAGAUUGCAGGAAAUACCGAGAUGCCUGCACCAUUACUGAUGUGUGCAAUAGUACUGAUCUUCCUGAAGUUGAAAUCAUCAGUCUACUGGAGGAACAACUGCCCCAUUACAAGCUAAGAGCAGAUACAAUCUAUGGUUAUGACCACGACGACUGGCUCCACACUCCCCUCAUUUCUCCUGAUGCUAAUAUCGACCUAACAACUGAACAGAUAGAAGAGACGCUGAAGUAUUUUCUUUUAUGUGCUGAGAGAGUGGGCCAGAUGACUAAAACAUACAAUGACAUAGAUGCUGUGACACGUCUUCUUGAGGAGAAAGAGCGGGAUUUAGAAUUAGCUGCUCGGAUUGGCCAGUCGUUGUUGAAGAAGAACAAAACUCUGACCGAGAGGAAUGAACUGCUUGAGGAACAAGUAGAUCAUAUCAGGGAAGAGGUGUCUCAAUUGCGUCAUGAAUUGUCUAUGAAGGAUGAACUGCUUCAAUUCUACACCAGUGCUGCUGAAGAGAGUGAGCCUGAAUCUGUCUGCUCAACCCCGUUGAAGAGAAAUGAAUCUUCGUCCUCCGUCCAGAACUAUUUUCAUUUGGAUUCUCUUCAAAAGAAACUAAAAGAUCUUGAAGAAGAGAAUGUUGUACUUAGAUCAGAGGCCUGCCAACUGAAGACCGAAACAAUCACGUACGAGGAAAAGGAACAACAGCUUGUUAAUGAUUGUGUCAAAGAGCUGAGGGAUGCUAAUGUCCAGAUUGCCAGUAUCUCAGAAGAGUUAGCUAAGAAGACUGAGGACGCAUCCCGGCAACAAGAAGAGAUCACCCAUCUUCUCUCUCAAAUCGUCGAUCUGCAGAAGAAGGCUAAGGCUUGUGCUGUUGAAAAUGAGGAACUCGUCCAACAUUUGGGGGCUGCUAAAGAUGCCCAGAGACAACUUACAGCCGAGCUGCGGGAGCUGGAGGACAAGUAUGCAGAAUGCAUGGAAAUGCUUCAUGAGGCGCAAGAAGAGCUGAAAAAUCUCCGCAACAAAUCCAUGCCAAAUACCAUCUCCCGACGUUAUCACUCCCUGGGCCUCUUUCCUAUGGAUUCCUUGGCUGCUGAGAUAGAAGGAUCUAUGCGAAAGGAGCUACAGAUGGAAGAACCUGAAUCUCCUGACAUAACCCAUCAGAAACGCGUCUUUGAGGCUGUGAGAAACAUGAAUCAAGUAGUCAAGCAGCGGUCCCUUACUCCAUCACCCAUGAACAUCCCAGGCUCCAACCAGUCUUCAGCCAUGAACUCCAUCAUCUCCAGCUGUGUCAGCACACCAAGGUCUAGUCUCUAUGGGGGCGAUAUCACCAACAUCAUGAUUGACAAUAAGACCAACAGCAUCAUCCUGGAAACAGAGUCAUCAGACAUGGGAAAUGAGGACAAGAAUAAGAAGCCUGGGACUCCAGGGACUCCUGGCUCCCACGACCUGGAGAUAGCCCUUCGGCGACUGUCACUUCGACGGGAGAAUUACCUUUCGGAAAGAAGGUUCUUCGAGGAAGAGCAAGAGAGGAAGCUACGGGAAUUGGCAGAGAAGGGCGAGCUUCACAGUGGCUCCCUUACCCCAACUGAAAGCAUCAUGUCCCUCGGCACCCACUCGAGAUUCUCAGAAUUCACUGGGUUUUCUGGCAUGUCAUUCAGCAGCCGUUCCUACCUGCCCGAGAAACUCCAGAUUGUGAAACCCUUAGAAGGUUCUGCUACACUUCAUCACUGGCAACAGUUGGCCCAGCCUCACCUGGGGGGCAUCCUGGACCCCCGGCCUGGCGUUGUCACCAAGGGCUUCCGGACCCUGGACGUUGACCUGGACGAAGUGUACUGCCUUAACGAUUUUGAAGAAGAUGAGACAGGUGACAUUUCUUACAAGGGCCUUGCUACCUCCAUGCCAGUUCAGCACUCAGAGACCUCAGGUGAGAGGUCACAAGUACAAAUGACUCUUUCAGACCACAAGAAUUAUCCGGGCCGGUCUCAGGCAUUCCCCGAGGAGAUUCAGGAGCCGACGGCGGCCGAUGAUGAUGAUGAUGAGGGGUCUGCUCAUCAUCCUGGGAAGUGUAUGUCGCAGACCAACUCCACUUUCACCUUUACCACCUGCCGCAUCCUGCAUCCCUCCGAUGAGCUCACAAGGGUCACGCCAAGCCUUAACUCAGCACCGACUCCAGCUUGUGGCAAUUCUAGCAACUUGAAGUCCACGCCAGUGGGCACGCCAUGCACCCCCCGGCGCCUGAGUCUGGCCGAGUCUUUCACCAACCUCCGGGAAUCCACCACCACCAUGAGCACGUCCCUCGGGCUGGUGUGGCUGCUGAAGGAGCGGGGUAUCUCGGCGGCCGUGUACAAUCCCCAGAGCUGGGACCGGGCCGGCAGGAGCCCCCUCUUGAACCCCUACUCCCCUAAAAUGGCUGUGAUCCCUUCCACCCCUCCAAAUUCGCCUAUGCAGACUCCGUUGUCUUCCCCGCCGUCCUUUGACUUCAAAUGUACCAGUCCCCCUUAUGACAACUUCUUGGCUUCCAAACCCGCCAGCUCCAUCCUGAAGGAGGUGAGGGAGAAAAAGAACAUUAGGAACAGUGAGAGCCAGACGGAGGUUUCUGUCUCCAACCUCAACCUUGUGGACAAAGUCAAGCGGUUCGGCAUUGCCAAGGUGGUGAACUCAGGGCGCACCCAUGCCCCCGCUUUGACGGAAGACCAGGGGCCUCUUCUCUGCCCAGGGGCCCAGGGACCAGCGAGGGCCCUCGUCCCUGAGGGCCUUCCCCUCGGCUGCCCUGUUGUCACGAGUGCCAUUGGAGGCCUUCAGCUGAACACUGGGAUUCGAAGGAACCGCAGCUUCCCCACCAUGGUGGGGUCCAGCAUGCAGAUGAAAGCCCCCGUGACUCUUACUUCCGGCAUCCUGAUGGGUGCCAAGCUUCCAAAACAGACAAGCUUGCGAUGAGAGGAACUUGGUUCCUUUUUUUUUUUUUUAAGAAAAAAAUAACAAAACAAAAAACAAUAUUUUCCUUCACCCUCCCAGUCCUCUGACAUCCCUUCUUACUCCGUCCCCCACUCUCAGUCUCUUUCUGCCUCUGUCUCUCUGUCCCUCUCUCUGUCUCUCUCUCAAUCCCUCCUGAGUAGACAAAUCAAACUUGUGCCUAAUGGGAGAAGAGUGUAAAUUUUGUAUAGUAUGUAAAUAUUUAUCAGAGACCUUGUAUCUAAUUUUAUUAUUCUUCAGAUAUCAUAAGAAAUGGCCCAACGCUGCAAUCGCUAUCUUAAGGAUUUAACUUGCUGACCUUUGCCAGGUCUUUUAAAAAUGUUUUUCUUUUAUUUAAAGAUGCACUGAAAAACCAGUUAUUAUCCUGUGGAUAGGGGGGAAGUAAAUCCUUUGGCUUGCUGACUGUGAUUGUAGGGAUGGUUAUAGUAAGGAUGGAAGGCUUUUCACAUGAUACCAAUCACAGUGUCAUUAUUUUGGGUGGAUUAAUGUUCGAUCUCCUGGAUGAACGUAUCAUAAGCCUGGUCCUUUACUAUAUGCACAACAAAGCAGCCAACUUUAUGUUUGUGUUGGGACAUCCUGAUUUUGUUUUGCUUCUGCCAGUGGUCCAGUUUCUUUAAAGCCCACAUGGCUCCUCUGCCUGAAUGAAAGAUUGUGUUUUGGAGGGAAACGUUUGUGAUUUUCCUUAUGCAGAAAACUUGAAAUCCCAUUUCUUUUAAUCCACAAGUAGGCCAAAAGUCUGGAAAGAAUGAGGAUGCAUGGAUUUUUUUUUUUUUUAAGAAAAAAAAAACACUUUUUUCCUUCAAACACAUUUUGCAUAAUGGUGCUGGUUGAGCAUCAUGUUACCACGUGCUCUCAUGGCACUGAAAUAUACACUUCACAAGGUUAUUUUCAUCUUGCAUCAGGGAAAAUGGCAACUGGUUUCUGGGAACCACAGCCUCUAAGCAAAAAUAGUCUAAUGAUCCGAGCCAAAGAUCCUUACUUAAAUCAGAAAGCCUAAAGGGGGAAACAUUGGGGGUGUUUUUGGAGAAAGGGUAUUAUCCGGUAAGAGAAAACCCACAGCAAAACUGAGGGAUGGCACAGUGGUAUGAAGGAGAGAGGCUAUAGAAUUUUUGAUUGAUAGGUUUCACUUGCAGAAUAUCAGACUAUUUGAAAAAAAAAAGCAGGGCUGUGGGAUUUUCAUAUGCUCCAUAUCCUUGCCUUUUCCUCAAUAGCCACUUUUGAAAUCCAAACACUUGAGCAGCUCCAAGGUGCGACCACUUAAUACCCAUGUAUUUCCCCCCUCUCUUUAAUAGAGGGCAUUGUAUCAAUGUGAUUUUCUAGCCUAUGGGCUGUUUUUGUUUUUUCCAUUUCCUGUUUACUUUUGUGUCCUGUGCUUGGGAAAAAAAAAAAAAAAAGAUGGAGUUGCUUUUGGAGAGAAUGAAAAAUGAAAAGGUAGGUUCUGUGGAGUAUUGCAAAUGUGGAGUUUUUUGGGAGAGUAGCAAUCUUAUUAAUAAACACAAACAUAUAUAUAUGCACACACAGGAGUAAAUAAUUGAGGUGAAAGUUACAAGUAACUUCAAGAUACAUUUCAGAAACACGAACCAAAAAUUCUGCAAACGUGAAGUUGAAGCAUCUUAGUAUUACAUGUCCAGACAUAGCAACAAGAGUGUACUGUAAUAUACUCGAUCUAGUUAAAUAAUGCCUACGAAAAUUACUUUUAUUAUUGAUUCCCUAUUGUGUGUAUGUCUCUGUACAUAAGUUUAUCUACUUUUUAACCUCAUCUAGUCCAUUUCCUAUUCUUCACACCAAUUGUAUUUCUAUAAAAUGUUUCCUUCCAAGAAGGUAGUUUAUUUAUUAUAUUUGGUUUUAUGUCACAGGAUCAUUGCCAUUUCUUCCAGCCUCCUACUUGAAGAAUUAGUACUGAUGAUCUUUCACAUAAAUAAUAUGUCACCUUUGCCCCUCUGAUAGAGUUGUCCGUCCCUGAAGGGAGUCCACAUAGUGUUAUGGACACUUAGGAUGCUUUGAGAGAAAGCAUACAAGCAAGCGCGGCUCAUGUUUUAAAAUUCCUAUUUAUUCUCUAAACCUAAGACAUUUUAGUAAAAGCGUGUCCUCGGCUCGAUUUGCUGUUGUAUGUGUGCACUUACUGCAGAUAACUUAACUAUCUUUUUUUAAAAUUUGAAUGUAUCUUAAACCUGUAGCUAGAUAGGAUAACAGGAAAACCACAGACUGAAUGGACCAUUUUAUAUACCCAAAAUGAAUAAUCAACCAUACGUUACCAUGAAGGAAUUAAAAAAGGAAUAACACAUCAUCCACUUGGGAGGCGCAACAGACUUUAGCCUUCAGAAUAAAUGAUAGACAUUGUACAACCACUCCCAGAAGGUGUGUUGGGAAAUGCAUCAAAUGCUACAAUAAAAUUUUCUUAUCUAAUUAUCAAUAAAAUAAGCUUGAGUGACCUGGUGUCAUAUUCAGA